AACAAUUUUCGGUCAACAAUUCUCCCGCGAGUGUCGCGCUUGUCGCGUUGGUUAUUCAGAGCCUCGAAUCGGAGAUUUCGCUGGUUGCGGCGUAAACGUUUGAGAAAUUUUCCAACAUGGUAUUUAGUACAAAGAUGGUUUGCAGUUCGGUACUCAGGCAAGCAGUGAAACAGCUAUUUUUAGUCAAACAUCUCGUUAAACAGCAGUCUUACGGUCAAUUGCGAGCAGGAUCCUAUUUCUCAGAUCUGAUAACGCAAAGGUUUUACAGUACGAAGAAAACAUUUAACAGGGACAAGCCUCAUUGCAACGUUGGUACGAUCGGACAUGUCGAUCAUGGGAAAACGACUCUCACAGCGGCAAUCACCAAAGUACUUUCGGAGCUGGAACUCGCCAAAGCGAAACAAUAUGCCGAGAUUGAUAACGCACCUGAGGAAAAAGCACGCGGUAUAACUAUCAACGUUGCACACGUUGAAUAUCAGACAAACAAUCGCCAUUACGGUCACACUGAUUGUCCGGGGCAUGCAGAUUACAUAAAAAACAUGAUCACCGGUACCUCACAGAUGGACGGAGCUAUACUUGUUGUUGCUGCUACAGAUGGCAGCAUGCCGCAAACGAGAGAGCAUCUUCUUCUUGCCAAGCAGAUCGGUAUCUCUCACAUUGUUAUCUUCAUCAACAAGGUCGACGUCGCGGACGACGAAAUGAUCGAUUUAGUAGAGAUGGAGAUGAGAGAGUUGUUAACUCAAAUGGGUUACGACGGAGAAAACAUACCCAUCGUGAAAGGCAGUGCCCUUUGUGCGCUGGACGGCACCAAGCCAGAGAUUGGACGAGACGCUAUAUUAAAACUGUUGGAAGCUGUGGAUUCUUAUAUUCCCACUCCCAUCAGAGAAUUGGACAAACCGUUUUGUUUGCCGAUAGAGAACGUUUAUUCAGUCAUGGGUAGGGGGACGGUAGUCAGUGGCAGAUUGGAACGUGGAAAGAUAAAGAAGGGCAUGGAAUGCGAACUGAUCGGAUACAACAAACUAAUAAAGACGACGAUAACGGGAAUAGAGAUGUUUCACAAAACGCUGGAGGAAGCCGAGGCAGGAGAUCAGAUGGGUGCUUUGCUCAGAGGUUUAAAAAGAGAGGACAUUAGAAGGGGUAUGAUAAUGUGUAAACCAGGAAGCAUGAAAGCCUACGAUCAUUUAGAAUGUCAGAUAUACAUGCUGACAACGGAGGAAGGAGGUAGAAUUAGGCCUAUAAACCACAUGAUGAACGGUCAAAUGUUCUCCAAAACGUGGGAUUGCCAAGCUCAGAUAAACCUGCAAGGAAAAGACUUGGUCAUGCCUGGUGAAGAUACCACUAUUGUAUUGAAAUUAAUAAGGCCGAUGGUAUGUGAAAAGGGUCAACGAUUUACGAUAAGAGAUAGUUUCAAGACCAUAGCAACUGGAGUUGUUGCCAAUACUUUGCCGAGUUUGAGUGAAACGGAACGUUUAGAGCUUAUCGAAGGUAAAAAGAAAUUGAAGAAGCGACUGGCGCAAGCGUAAUUGUAAUUAUUUACUGUAUUUAUCUCGUUUCAACUCAAUAAAAUCAAGUAGAAUCGAAUUUAACAAAUACACAUACGCACGCGCGCACCACCGACGCAUAAAUACACGAAACAUACCUUUAUGCGCAUUAUACCAUCGUAGUUAUUAAUAAUAACAUUAUUGCUCCUGUUACUAUUGUAUAUAUGCAUUUAUGUAUGAUUAUUUGAUCUUAUCAAAGAUCAUUCCUGUUUUCAGACACGUAGGAAAUUGACAAAUAAACUGUUUUUCUAUA